AAACGCUGCGUUUAAACAUCAAGAGCAUCUUUUUCUUUUCCUUCCUGAUUUAGUGACGUUAGGGUUUUGACAGUUGAAUUCAAAUCUGCACUUCGUUUUCCGAUCGAAGAAUUAUCUCUUCCAUUCAUUCAUAUGGCUGACGAAUCCAUCAAAACCGCUUUCGUUGAAAUUCAAGGUCGUAUGAUAGAAACCACAAGGAAAUUAAAGCAGGUGCAAAACCAGAUACGUUCCAAAGAAACAGAUAAAAAGCGUGCUUUUUUGACAAUGGAGGAGCUGAAGCAGGUUCCUGAUGAUACCAAUGUUUACAAAUCCAUUGGUAAAACGUUUGUAUUAGAGACGAAGGCAACAUUGAUGAAUGAACAAGAGAACAAGUUCAAAGAUAGUGAAACUUCGAUUACCUCAUUACAGAGCUCAAGAGAAUAUUUGGAGAAGCAGAUUGCAGAGGUGGAAAACAAUUUGAGAGAGCUGUUACAACAAGAUCCUGGUCUUGCUCGUCAAAUCAUGUCAAUGAAUGUGUAAUGUAAAUCUUCCAUUAUUGAAAUUCACUUGUAGCGGUGGCUUUUGAGCGAAUAGAAAAAUUUAGGAUAUGUGGACUGUGAGGAUAUCUUCUGCCUACUGCGUGCGUUCAUGGAUGGUUUUCAGUCCUUCUCUAAACACUGUCUUUGCAAGGAUGGUUGUAAUUUAUCAUAAUUCUUAGAAUAAUAUAUUGUCCUGUUUUGUUACAUGUUAGGGAAUUCUCAUUAGCAGUGUGCUAUGUGUUUAUGCAGACAAUUUCUAAGCAAUUUUGUUGUGAUAUGAUGUUAGAAGGCUUUCUUA